CCGGCAUCGACGGCUGUUGUGGAGCUCCCUUCACUUUCGUGUUCGCGCGUGUGUUAAAGUCUCUUUAGUAAUCAUAUCUUUCUUUCUUUUGUCUUGAACAACGAUCGUGAGAUCAUUCUUGAUAGAAUCGAUUCAAAUCGAGAAGUGUCGCUGAUCGAUCGAAACGCGAUAUCAGUGUGCUUUCUACGCGACGGUGAACUCGCGAUAAUCGAUAGUCGAUCGAGAAGUUCGAUUUGCGAGAAAUGCGAAAGUGAACUCAGUCGGGGCGAACGCGUGCAUGUACAUCGCAGGACGAUGGCUGAACUUCGUGUUUAUCGGUUUUUUGUGAUCUUUGUUCAUCUGGCGAUUGUCUUGGUGUUUGCUCAGAAUCCUAUCGAGGAGAAGACCACAUUCGAGGCUGCUUUUCAAGGAAGAUGCGGCCACGGGUCUCCCUGCGAGCAACUCUGCUACGAGCUUCACGAUGGGAUGUACGAGUGCGAUUGCAAGGACGGGUACAUCCUUCAUAAAAAUGGAUACAGCUGCGCCGAGCUGAAUUCGACAUCGCCGUCGACAGGCGAGCUCGGCGAAUUGGUGGAAGACGUGGAGAACGACGAAUUGAACAAAGACACGGACGACGAUGAAGAUGCCGUCGAGGACAUCCUUUAUAUGCGCGGUGCAUCGUUCACGAUACACUUGGAUCCCCCGCCAGAAAAUUCCACCACGAAUUCCACCAGCAAAAUUAUCGAGGAAACUAGCCCACCCGUCGAUCUACGAGUCGAACUACGAGCCACGUCUCAAGGCCCCAAUUUGGAACAAAAACUGCCUUCCACGAUGGAGAGCAUAGCGAGCACGGAGCCAGCGUGCUCGUUAGACUGUGGCCCAGCCGGAAACUGUUACAUCGAGCAGAGCCACGGCGACGACGUCGAUCUGAUCGACGACGACGACGACGACGACGACGCGGACGACGAGACGGGGGGCGACGCCUCGAUGGCCGUGGAUCUCGAAGGGAACGACGUCGCACCGAGACGGAAGCAAGGGUCCUUCAGGCAACGGUGUCAAUGCCCCCUGGGAAGGGGUGGCGAUCGAUGCCAGCUCGAGGCCGAGGUAAGAUCGCCCAGGUUCACAGGUUCCGGUUGGCUUGCGUUUCCCGCGUUGAAGGCCGCAUACAAGCACGUCCAGUUGGAACUGGAAUUCCGUCCCGAGGCGUGGGAUGGUAUCUUGCUUCUGGCCGGGGAGAGGGACGAUCUUCAGGGUGACUUCAUGGCCUUGAUUCUGCAUCACGGAUUCAUCGAGUUCAGGUUCGAUUGUGGGAGCGGAGUCGGCACAGUGAGGAGCACGCAAACAGUAAGGUUGAACGAAUGGAACACCCUGACUGUCUACAGGCAUCGAUGGGACGCCUGGAUUCAGCUGAAUCAAGAGAAACGAGUCGAAGGAAGAUCGAAGGGCUUGUUUGCGAGAAUUACCUUCCGCGAGCCAUUGUUCGUCGGUGGACCUGGAAACACAACCGGCCUCGAGCGACUUCCGGUGAGGACCGGAUUUAAGGGUUGCGUCCGGCAUCUGGAAGCCAAUGAACACCGUUAUCGCUUCCCUCUCGCGCCACAAGGGGAUGCUGCGAACGGUUUCGACGUUGAGGAAUGCACGGCGGACAGAUGCAGCAAGGUACCAUGUUCCCAUGGCGGGAAAUGCUUGACUACCGGAGGCGACACGGCUGUAUGUCUCUGCCCCCUCGGAUACACCGGCGACCUGUGCGAGACCAGGGUCGAUUUGCAGGUACCUUCGUUCAAUGGAUCCUCUUAUCUGCGUUACCCUGGAUUGGCCGACACGUCGCUAUCCUGGCUGGAAUUGGCUGUCACGUUGAAACCAACUGUCGCAGAUGGAGUUAUACUUUACAAUGGCCAUCACAGCGACGCCACCGGCGAUUUCAUCGCGUUGUACUUGUCGUCCGGCCAUGUUCAGUUUACCUUUGACCUGGGAACAGGGCCAGCCAGUUUGAGAAGCGAGAAUCCUGUUCGUCUUGGAGAGUGGGUGGAGGUUCGAGUGUCGAGAACCGGACGUUUGGCCUCGCUCGAAGUCGAGGACGACCCCCCGCAGGAAAUCCUAGCGCCAGGCGCUUUCACACAACUGUCGUUGCCGUUAAAUCUUUACUUGGGCGGCGCGCCAUCCACUGACAUGUAUUCCCCGAAGAUGAAAACGACCGCCAGUUUCGUGGGAUGCGUUCAGACGGUCAUUUUGAAUCGUCGCGAGAUCGGAAUCCUGGCCGAGGCUUUGGGCGGGGUGAACGUGGGCAAUUGCGGGCACGCGUGCGAGGCGAGACCGUGCGGAGACGCGGAGUGCCGUCCUCUUCGGGACCGAUUCACGUGUCGUUGUCGACCUGGCAUGCCGCAUCCCUGUCCAGCGCCGGACGACAACACGAUUUUGGACAGCUCACCCUCGAAACCGAACGCUGCCACGCGGUUCGAGAGAUCCGUGCCCAGUUUCUCGGGCAGCGAGAGCUAUCUCCACUACAACGACGCGGACACGAUGAAGAGGAUAAUAAGCUACAGGGUGGACAUCAAUAUGAGAUUCAGGGCGAGCAGCAGUAGCGGGCUGCUGCUUUGGAGCGGGCGGCAAGCGGAUCCGCAAGAGCAAAGGGACGAGAACGACGAUUUUCUAGCCCUCGGAUUGGAUCGUGGCUAUUUGACUUUAGCUUACAAUCUUGGCUCGGGCGAGGCUGUUCUGCGGUACAAUUUGACGAGACUGGACGAUGAUCUAUGGCAUCGGGUCCGAGCAGUGAGGAACGAACAGUGGGCGUCGCUUGUCGUCGACAGCGGUACAGGCGUUUCCGCGUCGUCGCCUGGACAGCUCAGACAGUUGAACACUGACACGGGUCUUUACGUCGGUGGCGCGCCGGAUAUCGUGAGGACAACGGGAGGAAGAUACGCAAAGGGUAUCGUGGGAUGCAUCAGCGAUCUGGUCCUGGACUCGGACUUUUCCGUGGCGUUGUCGUCACCGGGACAGGCUACCAACACGCACUCGUGCAUCCCCUGAAAGACAUCCGUGCCGUCCGACGUUAGAUGGUCAGGUCCUCGUGGACCAGCGCUUAGGAUAUGAAAAUGCAUCACGAUGAAUAAAAGCUGGCCAAGCCAGAGAAGGUCGACGUCCACGUUGCCCAGCGUUUAAGGCUGAACCGCGGCUGCCUUGAUACGCCUUGAACGCUGAUCACGUCUACGCGUGUACGAUUUAUACACACCGAUCACACGGAUUCAUCAUUUUUGUACAGACAUUCAUCAACGACUAAUUAAAAUUCUCCCCUCCAAAGGGAAUGAUAAAAGUAAAAAGAAAAAAAAAAGAAAAAGAAAUGAAAAAAAAAAAUAUAUAUAUAUAUAUAAAAAAAAAGGAAAAGGCUAAGGAAAAUACAAAAGCAAAAAAAAAAACAAGGAAAAGGUGAAUGAAUGAGAAAGACUAUAUCGUCGCGUCAGACCGUCGAAUAAUAAAUAGACAGCUUACUGUAAAUAUUAAACGAAAGGAAAUCUAUCAGUCGCCUCACGAUGAUAUUUCCAUUCCGGUGACAACUUCCUGUCUGCACAAACACACCCUCGUGUCUCGUGGACUACUCGAUCUCGGGACGAUAUCGAGAGCUUAUAUAUUAUUCGAUUAUUAAAAAGAAAAGAAAAGAAAAGAAAAAAAAUAGAACGUUUCUAGCUUUUCCUAUUCCCCGUGGUGUUGCGUUUCGAUGAAAUUUCGAGCGCAAAUCGAUCCAAAACGCGAAUCGAACGAUGUUGAGAUACAUUGUCACGAUCUGAGUUCCUGAGAAUCGUCGUUCCUAUCGCGCGUUGGACGGAAGUUGUUACGUAAGGAACGUGUGUCUAGUCACAGAGCCACGGACUAUCUCCGGCCGGAUUAAGAACUCGAUGUAGAGCUCGUCUCGAAGACGACGCUUUAUGGCCUAAUAAGAUUAAAAGUAAAGAAGUAAAGGAGAAGAAGGAUAAGGAGAAGAAAAAAAGAGAGAGAGAGAGCAUAACCCCUCAAAAGCGUCAAUUUCUAUUAAGCUCUCCGACCGGAUGCCACGCGAAAUCUUUGAAUUGCGAGGCAUUGCCACACAGUUUCGAUCCCAGCAGAUAGGAAAAUAUGAAUUGAGAUUACAAUGUAAUUCAAAAAUAAAAAAAAAAAAAAAAAAAAAAAAAA